AUGGCCGAUCCGCUUUCAGUGGCCAGCGGCGUUGCUGGCCUGGUUUCUCUAGGCCUGACACUAUGCAACGGCCUUCACAAUUACUUCAGCGCCAUCAAAGACAGACACAGAGACAUAGAAACCGCUACCCAGAGCCUUGCGCUUCUUCAGUCCAACAUAUGCACCAUCCAAUCGAGCACUCUAAAACUCGGCCAUCGCCAUGCUCUAGCCGCCAACGGAGUCAACGCAGGUCUAAAGAAUUGUGAGACUCAGCUGAAGGCUUUAGAAGCAUUUCUCAACGAUUUGAACAGUGCUGAGAACUUGUCGGGCAUCAAAGAAAAAUGGCAGAAGCAAAAGAUGUUUGCUCGAUACCCUUUCGAUCAGAAGAAGCUGUUCCAAUUACAAGAGCAUAUUCUAAGGGCAAACACUACAUUGAGUAAUUUCGUGCAGUCGUUUAAUCUUGAUCUCAACAUCGGCAUUAGUGACGACUUGCAAGUUCUCAGGAGAGAUCUUCACGACACUGACAGCACCACACACAGCAUGCUUAGAGCGAUCGCAAGCCAACUCCAUACCAUUAGUCUCGCCAGCCAGCCCACUGACAUGGAAAUGACUACAUCUCUUACUCAGAUCGGGGGCCAGGCUAUAGCGGCGAGCAAUAAGUCAGGCCCGACACAGCCUUUAUACAUGCGAAACUCAGAGGCUGCACAAGAGCUUUGUCGUAAUUACUUGGCCAUGAAAUGCACCUGUCCAAAUUUCGCAAAUAAUGCCGUUUACAAACACUCAAGCCACUCUUAUAGGAUAUGGGGAGGACUGACUAUUUCGAAACAAACAAGGCAGCAAAGGAAACACCGCCCUGGGUGCUAUCUUUACACAAGCUCACCUAGAGGAUCAUCGAAAACUACACUGACUUAUGUUGGACUUCGAUAUCUGCUUUGUCGCUCCGUCUCCUUCUCAUUGACGCAAAACCUCCCAGCAGGUGCAUAUAGUCUUUCGUUUGGGCUGCGGAUAUACAACGUUGUUGAGAGGAUUUCGGCUUUCGACUUGUUCUGGGACUGUUUUGAAAUCGGAUUCCGCAGACCUGCCGACGAUGUUGGACUCCAAGUAAAAGCCAGAAUGACGAUGCAGCAACUACGUGCUCUAUAUGAGUCAGGAGUUGCGUCACCGUUGGACGUGGACGUAAACGGGAAUAACAUUGCCCAUCUUUGUAUAAAAUCAUAUAAAUGGUUCCUGCUAGAUAACUUCCCUCUAGAUGACACGGCGGUAAAUGCCAUUUCUAUGCUUCUGUCCUUCAUGUUCGAUAUUGGUGUCCCAGUUGCGGCUUUUAACUUUCAUCAAGGGACAGUCUUAGAUCAUAUUGUUCGGGAUCAUGAUUUAUUGGGGGCGCUGCCAAGACUGUAUCGUUUGAUUACCGAUCGUGAUCCAAGCUUUUGCGGUACUGAGCUCGCCCAUUCCAACGUCAAUCAGUUAUCACAAUCGAAUGCAUAUUGCCUUGAGUCACUAGAUAUCUAUUUUAAGCAUCCGGGUAUCUCGGAAGCUAUUGGCUUCAACGAAAUAUUCCUCGCAGUUAUACUAAGGGACAAGGAAAGGCUUGAGGGUAUUCUACAAGACACCAAUUUCGACCUUGCGCGAGCGAUUUUAGAGGAGGACUUACAUGGACGAACAAUAAUGCAUGUCGUUAUUCCUUGGCCGACGGGCUUGAGUCUACUCCUGCACCACAACCUUCUACUACUUUCUCAGAAUUCCCAUCAAUCUGCUGGUGUCACUCCCCUCGGCCUUGCGUUAGCAUAUAGCGGAACGCACUGCAACGCAUCAGACCAUUUUACCCCUUGCUACGACUGCAAUUGCAGUCUUUCUGUUCAGCUCCUUCUCGAAGCCGAUUGCAGCGUGACGGUGGGUCGAUAUCUUUCCGAGGAGUUACAAUCUGGUUCGUUAGAGGCACGAAUUCUAUUCUUUCAGCAUCUAAAGAACCGACGGGAGAGAUUACGCGAUGUCUCUAUCGCUUAUCUUCCUGCCGAUAUUAUAGACCGUUAUGCAGUAACAGCUGAUUCGCUCCCUGAUGGCACUGCUGAGUAUCUCUGGACGGAGCUGAUGGAACGUGCCCGUGCUUCCAAUCGGCCAGGGAUUUCACCAAGUGAAAGCCUUCGACCGCAACGCUAUCCAGAUGGACAUAGUAUUUUCACUAAUCCUCUUCCUAUUCAAACUGCUAAUCUCGCAUUGAUAUUCGGGUUUAAACCAUGGGAUGAAUGUGGACUGCUGCCACUUCUGGCACGAUUCGAGUUCCGUACAUCUGUUUGCGGACUUGAAACCUCGGCAGCCUACACAAACUGGCUACUUCAGCAUAAUCUCAAAUCCUCAUUUUCGAGCCCAAACGUCUUCUUAACAGCGGAUCACUAUUGUGGCGCCCAAGUCGGGUCGGAGUUAUAUGAAUGCUUCGUGUUGGGACCAAUUCCUUUACCGCCACUACACGAAUUCAACAAGCUAUUAUCAAAGCUCUGCUUCAGCAAUGCCACUUCCAGAUUUCCAUGUCCUUGUGUUUCGGAGCCGUUUCACAGACCUAUAGCAUAUCUUGUGUCUAGUCUUAUGUCUGAUUUGGUGGGAUAUUCAAAUUUACAACCCGAAUCUCGGAAAAUAAGAGGCUGCUUAAGACUAUUCACAUGUGUGAUCGAUAAGAUAGAAAUCGCGGUCCCAGAUCUCGAAGUAUCGUAUCUGGCUAGGUGCGCAGCUCAUAUGUUUACUAUGUCGUUCCUCGGCAUAAAGCAUUUCCCAACCUGUCGUACCCCCUGCUGGUGGUUUGAGCUAUAUGUAAGCAAUCCAAUCUGGCCUGAGGAUUGGUUGGAGAUAGCCGAAGAGGAUAGGUUGCUGGUUGAGAUACUCGAUGAUUUGGAUGUGGAGUUCGAACAGGAGUUCGAAGAGAGAAAUGAGUCUGCGGCCGAUUUCCUUCGCGGGUAUUGUUGGAAUAGACUCAAAGAGGUGAAAAGAGACAUGAAGAAACCAUUAUCCGGGGAUGAGAGGAGUGCACUUCUUGGCGUUGGUGUGGUAUUAGAGGAAGGUACCAACAGUGACUUCGACUCUCAUUUUAACGAGGACACGGUCAGCGAAGAUGACGACUAUGAACACGAGGGUAUUGGAGACUGUUAA